UUCUAUUACUAUCACUAUCGGUGUUGAUAAUAAAUUUAAAUUAUUUUAUUAAUUAAUAUCUUGUUGAUUCAACAAGAGACGAGUAGUACAAAUUAAAAUAACGAUGUGUUAAACUUUUUAAACCUAGUUGAAGUUAAAUUCGCAUAAAAAAUAAAUACAAUGUAAAAAAAUGAGAAUGAAUUACACAUUUUUACUUAUUCUUUUAAAGGUUACUUUCGUGAUGCCUGGUGCUAAUGAUCUGCACUUUUAUGAUGGUUCCUCUACUGCAGACGUCAUUGCAGGUGAUUUCUUUUUUGAGAUAAUAGAUCCACCGGAACUUGGAUACUCAUAUAGAAUAAGACCAGCAAAAGAUUUCGGAUCUGUGUUUAAUGAAACCCUACACUUCCACAAGGCUCGUUUAGUACCCACAGUGCCGUUGCAUAGUUGUUCUGAGAUAAUCAACCAUGAAGAAUUAGUUGGGCACAUUGCACUAUCCGAGAGAGGAGAAUGUUCCUUUGUUUUUAAAGCUACCAAAGCGCAACAUGCUGGAGCUAGAGCUGUGAUAAUUACUGAAUCAAUUGAUAGAUGGGAUGAUUCUUUGGAUCACCUUAUAGAAAUGGUUGAUGAUAAAAUGGAGCUAGACGUAAACAUUCCUGCAGCAUUCCUUCUCGGCCGCAGUGGAGCCACGAUACUGCGUACGCUGAGACGUUUAAAAAGAAAAUAUGCUAUAGUCAAUUUACCAGUUAAUAUGACUCAUGUACCAAUAAAUAAAAUGAAUCAACCCCCCUGGGUAGCAUGGUAAUAUCUAAUUUAUUUGAAACUGGAACAGAAGGCUAAAUGUGCGUUUAUGUUAAAGAUAAAUAAUAAAUACGUUAUUGUGGCGUCUUGACCUGACUUGACCCUGAUCACCUGAUAUCAGAUCCCAAAUAUCCAAUUAAUUUAUUUUUCUGUCUGUGUAAUGUAAGAAAUAAAUUGUUCUUUAAUUGUUAGUGUAUGUACUAAUUAUUACAAAAGCUACUGGACCUAUUUGAGUAUGCGGUACGUUUAAAAUAACUCAGGCUAUGAUUAGUCUUAAGACUUGUAUAAAUUUGAUCUCGCUGUGAUGACGUUUUCUCUGUAUUUACAGAGAAAAAAAAACAUUAAGUAUAAUAUCAUUUGGCAAGGAAUUUAAACAUUAUGUAGCUCUAGCUAUACAAGAGUUUUUAUUUCAAAUUUAUGACGCGCGUAGCGCCACAGGUGAAUCCAGCUAGUAAUAAAAAUAGGAAUCUCAUGAAGCAACAACGAAACGUGAAGAUUAAAUGAUUACUGUAUACAUAUGAAUAUAUUAGUAAAAUAAAAGUACAAGGAAAUUUUCAGUAACACAAUUUGACUUACCUACUUAAUUUGUGAACUGAAUUCUGUAUUGGUUAUUUAUAAAAAUAGCUUUAGCCUGAUUGGUUUAUAAAGCAUAUUUGUCAGUAGAAAACAUAUUUAAGACACGAAUCACGUGAAGAGCAAAACAUUUUUACAACAACAUUUUUAGUA